GCCCUCGACAGUCGCGUCCGUGCAAGUUCACCGUAGGGUAACGUGAAGUGAUAGACAAAAGUGUCGAGCAACGACUUCAACAAUGGAAACGGGAAAUUAUCAUGCGAUGGCAAGUGGAAGCUAUAUGAUCGGAAAUGAAUAUGAAUUAUUUCCCGAGUACGCGUCGUACUUAACUCAUGACACUGAGGAUGAGGAGGAUAUACGGCAAAAUACGCUGAUGGAUAUAGUCGAUAAUAUUUCAGCAGAAGAUUUAAACGCUGUGUACAAUUCCAUUUAUAGCAACGAAGAAAAUAGCGGAACGAAAGAGUUUGUUGAAGAUUUGUUUGCAAACUCCCUACAGUCAUUUUGUGAAGAGGACUAUUUAAUGACACCUAGCAAGAACAUAUAUAUAUACAAAGAUAUGAUUGAAAUAAAUCAAAGGCCUUUGGAAUUGAAAGAAUUAAAAAUAAAGGAAGAAAAACAAGAAACUGAAGCUGCAUCUGAAAUAAUUGGUAAUACAGUAAUAAAAACGGAAAUAGAGGAUAUUACUGAACAAGAAAUAAAAGAUGAAGUAUUUAAACCUCCAACAAGUAAUACUCUGCCUGUAUUGUCUUACAUAAAAAAUAAAAAUAAAGCAGAUAUCAAGACAAAAAAUCAAAAUGUAAGAGAGAAAAAGAAAAUAAAAGAAGAUACAAUAGUAACCCAAAAUACAAUAAUUAAAAAAAUCAAGGUAGAGGAGCAAGAAGAUUGUGUGGAUGUUGAAACAAUACCACGAGAUGAAAUACCAAUACUGGAAGCACACGAUGCAAAGAGUUUACUGGAAAAAUUCGAGGCUUGUGAAAAUCCAAAUCCAUGCGAUAAAUUAAUUGUUAAAAAAGAUCUCACAUAUGACACAAGACCAAACAAAACAUGUCAAGUGACUCAAGAGUGUCGGGUUGAUAUAUCGGAGAAAUCCGUUUCUCAAGUUUCCAAUCAACAAACCUCAAUUUUAUCCAAAAAAAUAAUUAAUAAAACAAAGUUAUCAGAGCGUAAAAAAUCUAGUCCGUUAAAUAUACGAGGUAGUAAACGUAAGAGUACACGAAUGCAAGACGAAGCUUUUUGUAACAAAACUUUAAAGAUAGAUUCUACAGUACCAAAUGAUGCUAAGAGUCCAAUAUUCAAAAGAAGUUUGGUACAGUUGGAUCACGAUUAUUGCAAUAAUGACAACUUUCAUACCACGAAUUAUAAUAGCAAUAAAACUACAAAAUCUACGUCUGUAUUAAGAUUGAACCAAUUUAAACAUUGGGACCAACUCACAAGAUGUCACAAUAACGGCAGUUCAAAUAAACAAUGCCACCUGGAAUCAACUAAUAUAUGUGACACUAAUGAAAAACCAACAGUCUUACAAAAUAAAAUCAAAGAUGAUUGGCUCGAAAAUUAUCAUAAAGAUUAUCAAAAAGAGACUCUUGUCAAACACUCCCACGACUUAAAUAAUUCACCAACUGUUAAAAAUAUAAAUAUUUCAAAUGCAUCUUCAACCGUUGAACCUUUUCUUCUUUCUAUUCGUUCACCUUUAGCUAGAAAAAUCAUCCUACAAUCACAGAAACAUGUAUCACCUAAAACGAAUAUUGUGAAAACGAAUUCUAAAAUACAAUAUAUUUCUGUAUUGAAGAAUCCACCAAACCCAUCACAAUCACAGUUCGCGAUAAAUAAUCCUAAUAAAAAUAGAGUAACCACUAUAAAUAGUUCAGAUAAUGAAGUACAAAAUAUAAUUGUACAAAAUACUCAAGACACGCUGCCGCAUCAUGAAGAAGAUAAAACAUCUCGUGUUAAAAUUAGUGUAUUAGAAUAUCGAAAAAGAAUAUCGAACGAUAAAACUCGUAAUGACAAACCCAUGAUAAUGAAAGAGUCAUCUCGAACUGUACUAGUGGAUAUUUAUCAUGCUUCAACCAUGAAACCAUUACUCAAACCUGAUCAAGAGAUAAAGGAUACGUUUUGGUGUGAAAGAGAAAUUAUGCCAUGUUGGAAAAAGGUAUCGGAUAUACAAGAAGAAAAAAAUAAACCAAAACUAUCUACUCGCCAUAUACAAACACAAACAGACGAAACUAUUUUUGAAUAUUUAAAAUCAGUAGAUGUUGAGGAGGAAGAUGAGAAAAUUAUGGAAGGAAACCAAGAAAGGGAAAGAAGUACAAAAAAUGAAAGACAAAAAUCUUGCGAAGAAGUCUCUCGCAGUUUGAGUCGAUCUAGAUCAAAAAGCAGUAGCAGGUAUACAGCAAGCAGCAGUAGGUAUACAACAAGCAGUAGCAGCAGCAGCAGAAGCAGCAGCAGAAGCAGGAGUAGAAGUAACAUUAAAAGGAGUAGAGACAGAAGAAGAAAUAGAAGCAAAAGUAAAAAUCGGAGCGGAAAGAGAAGUAGAAGUAAGAGCAGGACUAGAAAUAGGAACAGAAGCCGAAGUAUUAGUAUACAUAGAAGGAGCACAAGCAGAAGCAACAAUAGGAGUAGCAGUAGGAGUAGAAGUAGGAGUAGAUCUCGAGUAAAUCAACGUAGCAGCCGACGAACAAUAAGUCAUCGCACGCGACGCAGCUCUGUUACUUCAACUAGCAGUUGGACGUCGUCUCUAUCUAUUUCAUUGAGAUCAAAGCAUUCGUAUACACAUUCUAGAUCUCGAUCCCACAUUCGAUCUCGAUCUAGAUCCAGAUCUAGAUCUUCUGAACGAUUUUAUUCUAAACGUUCAAGGUCUCCCUCGGCUUCUAAUCUUCGAAGAAAUAAAUGGUCUAAUCAACGAAGAACGGACAGUAGAGAUCGCGAAAGAAAUUAUGAUAAAUAUGAGAGACGCGAAAGAAGUUACGGUAAAUAUGAUAGACGCGAAAGAAGUUAUGAUAAAUAUGAGAGGAGUUCUUUUGCCAAUCGCCAUGACAACAGAAGUUAUAGUAGAUCACCAUUAAAUUCUUAUUCCGAAACCUGUGAUAAUUGGCACAACAGAAAAAAGCAAAGAGAAAUAGAAGAACGUAGAGUAGUAUAUGUAGGACGCAUAGAUGAAGGAAUUACCAAAUCUGAUCUACGUAAAAGGUUUGAGGUUUUUGGACCUGUUGAAGAUAUCAGUGUACAUUUUCGUGAACAUGGCGAAAACUACGGUUUUAUCACUUUUUUGUACAACAACGAUGCCUACGAAGCCGUGGAGCAUGGUAAUGACAAUCCAUCUUUACCUGAAUACACUCUAUCUUUUGGGGGUCGUAGAGCGUUUUGCAAAUCCAAAUACGCCGAUCUUGACAAUGUUGAAGAUGAUGAUCCUAUUAGGAGGCCUCAUAAUGAAGAAAUGUCUUAUGAUUAUCUCUUAAAGUCAACAGCAUAUAUGCUUAAAAAAAAAGUUUGA